AUGAAGGACGUCCACCUCUCCGGCAAGCCAGACGGACGUGAGGGGCGAAUGACCGUGAUACACUCACCAUUCAACAGUGUCAUGGUCGAGUUGGUGGUUCGCCUAACUUGGGUACAGCGAUUCAUUGCUGCAGUUGUCGGUUCGAGCGUGGAGACCACCCGCAGAGCGCAGGCCGAGAAUCCGCGAGCAGCUCGUCGAAACAUGAGAUCCGGAGGGUAUCUGGUGAUGGGUCUUUCAUUAUGUGCGCGAUGA